AUGUGUGUACCAGAUUUUUGUUCGCAAACAGUACCUCAAUCAUUAUGUCCAUGUGAUGGUGCACAAAUACCUUGCACUUCUCAACAAGUGUCUUCUGGUCCUUCUACUACUCUCCCAUUGACGGAAAUAGCUAAUCUGAAUGCACAACCUAAUGUGUUUCCGAAAUCGACUAUCACCUUGCAGCAACCACAUCAUUUUCUACUUCCUUCAACAUUUAACCAAUUCAUACAGCAACAACAACCUCAACUUAUACACUCUUUAAAUUUAUGGCAAAGGCCGGUAACAUCUCAAGGCCAACUGAAAAUGCAACAACCAGCAAUAUCACCACCUCUUUUUAUCAUUCGCACGAUUCAGCAACCUAAUCAGGUAAUGCAACAUAUUCCUACUGCAUCUCACUUAUUCGUACCGCUGCAACAGAAGCAUAUUUACUUAUCACCUUCGUUGCAACAACAGCAACACUAUGAAUGGUCAUCUCAAGUAUCUCUCAAUCAACCUAUUACUCUGCAAGUACCAGGUAAAGUCACUUCAUGUUUCAUUGCGUAA